CGUGCCUAUAGCGGCUACAUUGUAUGUCCCGUGUGCUUGUCCUUCCUGUUGUACAGUACAGACUAUUGAGGUGUAAACAUGUGCCUAUAAAGGAUAUAUUAUAUAAAGCAGCUAUCUCUGACAACUUCAAGAUGGUUACAGAUGUGAUAAAUGAAAGAAGAGUCAAUUUUAAUCCUCAAUACGAGGAUGACGUAACACUUUUACACAUGGUUGCUAAAUGUGGCAACUUAAAAGUAAUGAAAUAUCUGCUGGAUGAAAAACAUAUCAGUGUUGAAAUUACAAAUGAUGAAGGUAUGUCAGUCUUGCACACGGCUGUUCGCUAUGGCAACUUGGAGAUAGUUAAAUUUUUGAUAAAUGAAAGAGCUGCCAAUUUGAAUGCUGUAGACAAUGAUGGCAUGACAGUUUUGCACACGGCUGCUGCUAACCAUAGUAACUUAGACAUGGUUAAAUAUCUGAUAAAUGAACAAAUGGCCGAUGUGGAUGAUAGAAACAAUGAUGGCAUGACAGUUUUGCACGUAGCUGUUAGCUCUAAUAACUUGAAUAUGGCUAAAUUUCUGAUAGAGGAAAAACAGGCCGAUGUUGAAGCUGUAGACAAUAAGGGCAUGACAGUUUUGCACACGGCUGCGAGCAAUCAGCAGUGGGAGAUAUUUAAAUAUCUGAUAAAUGAAAGAGGAGCCGAUGUUGAUGUUACAGACAUAAAUGGCAGAUCAAUUUUGCACACGGCUGCUGCGCUUGGGGAGCUUGAGAUAGUUAAAUAUCUGUUAAAUGAAUUAGGGUUCCACGUUGAUACAGCUGACGAUGAUGGCAAAACAGCUUUGCACGUGGCUGCUAUUUCAGAUCACUUGGAGGUAAUGAAAUAUCUUAUAAAAGAAAAACAGGCCGAUUGUAAUGCUAAAGACAAUUAUGGCUCAACCGUUUUGCACACGUCUGCGACCUUUGGUGAGGUGUACACUCUUCAAUUUUUGAUAGAUGAAAUAGGGCUCGAUAUUGAAUCUACAAACGAUGAUGGAAUGACGGUUUUACACACGGCCGUUACCAAUGAUGACGUGGAUGUAGUUGAAUUUCUGGUAGAUGAUAAACAUGCCGAUUAUAAUAUUAAAGACAAUAAUGGUUUCACAGUUUUGCACACAGCUGUUACCUAUGGUAACGUAGAAGCAAUGAAAUUUCUUUUGGACGGACACGAGAUCGAUGUAGAAGCUAAAAACGAUGAUGGCAUGACAGUUUUGCUCACGGCUGCUAUAUGUAAUAACUUGGAGAUGCUUCAAUAUCUGGCACAUGAAGCAGGUGCGGAUUUUUAUACUACAGACAAUAAUGGAAUGACACCUUUACACGCGGCAGCUGCCUGUGGUAACAUGAAAAUGGCUCACUUUCUGGUGAGUGAUACAGAGAUCGAUAUAGAAGUUACGAACCAUGACGGCAUGACAGCUUUGCACACGGCUGCUCUCUGUGGUCACUUGGAGAUAGUUGAAUUUCUGAUAAAUGAAGAAGAUGCCGAUUUCAAUGCUGCAGACAAUAAUGGCAUGACACCUUUGCACGGGGCUGCUACCUGUGGUAACUUGAACAUGGUUCAAUUUCUGGUGGAUGAAAAGGGGGCCGAUUGUGAAGCUAGAACCAAGGAUGGCAUGACAGUUUUGCACUCGGCUGCUAUAAACGGUAACUUUGAGAUAGUUAAGUUUUUGGUAAAUGAACAAGAUGCCAAUUUUAAUGCUGUAGACAAUAGUGGCAUGACAGUUGUGCACGCGGCUGCUAGCUGUGGUAACUUGGAGAUGAUUAAAUUUCUGGUGGAUGAAAACAAGGCCUAUUUUGAAAUUAAAAACCAUGAUGGCAUGACAGUUUUGCACGCGGCUAUUAUGUGUGGCCACGUGGAGAUAGUUAAAUAUCUGAUAUAUGAAAAAUAUGCCGAUAUUAAUACUAGAGACAAUAAUGGUAUGACAAUUUUGCACGCGGCCGCUACCUGUGGUAAAUUGCCCAUGUUUAAAUUUCUGGUCGAAGGUAAACAUGCCAAUUUCAAUGUUGAAGAUAAUGAUGGCUUAACAGUUUUGCAUACGGCUGCUGCCUGUGGUAAUUUAGAUAUAGUUAGAUAUCUGGUGGAUGAGAUAGGCAUUGAUUUCAAUCUUAAAUUCCGUGAAGGCAUUUCGGUUUUGCACGUGUCUGCUUCUACCUAUGGUAACUUAAACGUUGUUAAAUAUCUGAUAAAUGAAAAAAUGGUCGAUGUGAAUGUUAGAGACUAUUCUGGCAUGACAGUUUUGCACAUGGCUGCCAACUCUGGUAACUUGGAUAUAGUUAAAUUUCUGAUACUUGAAAUGGGGGUCAAUGUUUCUGUUAGAGACAAUUAUGGAAGCACACCCUUGCACGUGGCUGCCGUUUCCGGUAAAAUAGAAGUAAUUAAAUUUCUGCUAUAUUGUAACAGGUUGAUUUACAAGCGAAAAAUGGCGGAGUUUGGAUAGUUUCACACGCGGCGCUGCCGAUUCUGUUAACUUAGUGAUGGUUCAAUUUCUGACAAAUGAAAAAGACGAUUUUAAUGCUGAAGGCAAUUAUGAAAAAAUAGUUUUGUGCAUGCCUGCUCUUACUAGUAAGUUGGAGAUAGUUAAAUCUCUGAUAAAUGAAGAAGCGGUCGAUUUUAAUGCUACGGACAAUAAUGUCAUGACAGUUUUGCACAUGGUUACUGCUAACCAUGGUAACUUGGACGUGGUAUAAUUUCUGAUAAAUGAAAGAAUGGCUGAUUUUAAUGUUAAAGACAAUAGUAGCAAAACAGAUUUGCACACGGCUGCUGUCUCUGGUAACUUGGAGAUGGUUAAAUUUCUGAUAAAUGAAAGAAAGGCCAAUUUUAACGCUAAAGACAACGAUGGCAGAACCGUUUUGUAUAUAGCUGAUGUAUGUGGUCAUGUGUUUGAAUUCCUGAAAAAUAUAGAAAUUGUCGCCCCCUGGAGAAGCUUUAGCAUCGUUAGCUAGUUCAGCAUGUAUUUGUAAGCUGAGCGAUACCAGCAGUUCUAUUUCACACUCUCGUUAGAAGCGAGCCACAUGGUGUUGUGUGAGAAAGAAGGGGAAGCAUGCAAGCAAAAUGUUAUGAAGACAGAAAAGGGGCAUGCAAUAAAUGUGAUUCUUUUUAAUAAGUCUGUAAUUAUAAUAAUAAUUGUUAUAAUAAUUAAAUAUGUUGUUUUAAGCGAUACAUUGUGUAUACAGAAGGACCAUCAUUUCUGAGUUAUUUCUAAAAUGAAGUGUUUUGUGUAGAAAUUAAGAUCCUGACUUUUUAAAAUUGACUUCACAAUGUCGUGGCUGAGUGAAAUACCUCAAUUUACCUUUAAAUGACUUUAAAUUCAGAAUCUCAGAUACGAUGUUUAGCAGUCAAAUUAUUAAAUAAUUUUUUAUAUUAUCGUUUUUUUAAAGCGGACCCAUAUUUCUGAACACAAGGUGAUGUGAAGUUCAAAAUAUAUGCCAUAUAACUAAAGUCAGUCUUUCCCUAAUUUUUUUCAGGGAAAACAGUUCGAUUUGUAUUGAAAACAUUUCGUCCUGAAUUAUUGGAAAUGUUUAAAAAUGGGGGUUUAUCUUAAUAGAUAAAUCCUGCAUUUGGCCUCAUGAUUUUAAUUUUGAAAUAAAUCUGAAAAUGUAUUCUAUCUCGUUAGUUUUAAUUUUUGUUUUAUUUUGGCAUAUACAAAAUGACUUUCUAAUAUAUUCAUACGAGUGCUCGUGUGCUCGGUUACCAUAAUUUCUUUAAUCAUUUUUAUAUUUUCCUCAAAACAUUACACAAACUUUUUUCAAAAUUUCUAGUUUCGAUGUAAAGAUUUAUGUAAAAAAUUUAAAAUAUCAAAACUUUAAAGUUACUUUCGCUUGUUUGACAACAUAACAACGAAAUUAGGUCGCUCAAAUAUUUGGAAAAAUGAACAUUGCAGGAGAAAAUAUUCCGAUGAUAUACAGUUUACAUUAAUGUCAAGGGAUUCGUCUUGAAACAUGUUGCGAAGAUCAUAUUAAGAUUUUUAAAUGCAAGCUUCCACUUUUUGUUAUACAGGAAGAGACACGAAAAACGGAAUAUGUACUUGAAUUUUUCUGUUCGUAUCAAACAUAAAGGAAUGUUUUGCAAAUGGUGUUGGUCUUGAUACAUGUUAUCAAUACUUUCAAAAUUUGAUCUAUAAAAUUACUAGUGGCUGCUCUUUGCCUCGCUGUCCUGCCUUAAGGCAUCUUUUUCAACCUUUUCUUGUAUCUUGAUGAAAGAUGUUGCCAAAUCUCCAUAAUAAUUUAGUAGAGUAGUGUUACUAUGAAUGAAGCAGAACCGGGCUUCGGAGUCGCCCGUUGGCUCGGCCGCUUCGCGCCAGCUGA